AUGAGCAGAAAGGAUUACUUUCUUAACAAAGAAAAUAGAAUCUGUGGGUUCCUCCCUCCUUCUGAGCCUCUAUCCUGGCUGCUGCGUGGGAGACAGGCAGAGAUAGCAGGUGAGAUCGCCAAGGCUCAGGUCGCUCGGCCUGGUGGCAACACUGUCUUCGGGAAGAUCAUCUGCAAGGAAAUCCCAGCCAAAAUCAUUUUUGAGGAUGACCAGUGCCUUGCUUUCCAUGACACUUCCCCUCAAGCACCAACACAUUUUCUGUUGAUAUCGAAAAAACAUAUAUCCCAGAUUUCUGCAGCAGAAGAUGAUGACGAAAGUCUUCUUGGACACUUAAUGAUUGUUGGCAAGAAAUGUGCUGCUGAUUUGGGCCUGAAUAAGGGUUAUCAAAUGUUGGUGAAUAAAGGUUCAGAUGGUGGACAGCCUGUCUAUCAAGUUCAUCUCCAUGUUCUUGGAGGUUGGCAGAUGCACUGGCCUCCUGGUUAA